AUGUAGCAAGUUUGCCCCAGGAAGGGAAAAUCUUGGGAGAAACCAAUUUCAUAUUGCAUCCUGAGAGAGAGCCACACGAGGGCGCGCUCACGUUCUGCAAACCUCCACUAUGGUUCGAUUGCUGCAGUACAUUUCCUUUCAAAUACUGUAAUAAGAAUUUUCAUUGACAGCCGCGCCACAAUAGGAAUAGUCUUCUAAAAAUCGGCUUUAUCUACCACAGAUAAAGAGGCUCAGAGAUUUUAUUAAGGACAGGAAGGAGAACAAGGGUGAGCGUAGUGACAAGAUUUUUGAAACAUAUGUCUGGCUAACGGUUUCAGAGAAAUGAGGUGGUUAAAAGGAAUUAUUUUUGUUAUAACCAGGAGAUCACAGGAGAGAUCUUAAAGGCCAAUAUAUGCAUAUUUUAAAAGAGAGAUGUCGUAUUUAAAAUUCAUUAAAUAGGUGAAAAUAUGGUUUUAAUCUUGAGAGCAAAAUGAACAGAUGAAAAUAAAAGCCCACCAUCCUUCCUUUUUUCCAGGUUUCUAUAGAUUAUGGAGUUUUUGUUCUGAAUUGAUUGCAACAAUCUCAAAUGAUAUAAGAUUCAAUUUUAUAAAAAUGCAGGAGACUUUAGGUUUGGGAAAUUUAUUUGUAGUAUGAGAGUAAGAAACAAUUUGAAGUCUUGUGAUGAUAGUAAGCUGGUAAGGGAGCCAUUAGAAAUGAAUAAAACUAGAAAAGAAGAGCAAAACGUAUGCCGGCGCUGGUUAAGAAAAUGUGUGUUCUAUAUAAUUCUAGGGAAAGUUUUGGAAACAAAAAUAUCUCAGAUUUGUGAAAAGAUUCCCGUGAACUUUCCGAGUUGUGGGGGGGGGGGCGGCCUUGGGGAAAGUCAGUCGGUUUAUCCUGCGGUUUUUCCCUCUUCUCCCGGAUUUGGAACCCGGUCUCAUUUUCUACCCUUUGGGGUAGGAAAGAAAAAUCUCUUAGCAUUAGAGGAGGUGUUGGCCUCCUGGGCUCCCAUCUACUGGGAAUUAAUCCAGGCGAAGUGUCUAAGGGACCAUUGGGAUUUUAUCAAUUUAAACGGAUUGACUGGCGGGUUUUCUCCCCUCCUCGAAGUUCAUUGUUAACGAAGCGAGAUUCUCCCGUAAUAAAUACCAUUCCGCCGUCUCUGUUCAUUAGGGUGAUUUCCCCCUAUUGCCAGACGACCCCCCCCCCCCCAUAUCCUUCCUGGCCCUUGGUCAAAGGCGCGAGGAAUGGAGACGCCCUUUUCCUAACCCUGGCUCAAGGAAGUAGACCGCUUGGAUUGGGGGUGGAAGGGUAACCCAAGCUACUCCGCUGGGGUUCUGUGGGUCUCUUCUUAGAAUAUCUUUCCUCUAUCGCCACUGGCAACUUGUCUCCCAGGUCUCUUGUUACUGAUCAGGGCUGUUCCACUUGAGAGUAGAGGGUGAGAGGGUGGUGGAGUCCUGAGCUUUAGAAUUUGAUCGAGGAGGGCAACGUUGGCUUGUUGCUCGAGAAAUCUCGGGGUUCCAUCUGGCUCUCUGACCCUGGCUUUCUUGAGAGAACUGCCCGAGAGGUGACUGGAGAACCUCAUUCUUGGGAAGUGGGUAUGACAAAAACGUCAGUUUCUGUCCUUGCCCACAGUUCUCCAACUGCACAACCCUCCCCCCCAUCCCUAAUUUCGAAUGGGCUGGAGCAUGACGGAGUGUCCCGGGGCUCGUUCUUUGACCCUUGAAUGGUUCACGGGUACCCAGAAAGUGGACUGAGAGUUGGGCAGCGGCUUCCAAGUCAGGUAGACGAAUUAAGGCAGAGAAACGGAAGGCUCUGCCAUCCCACCCCUUGGCCUUGGGCUGGGUGACUGGGGCCAGAGAGGCAGCUACUGUUCAGGGCAGGCUCUUCCAGUUUCCAUUCCAGAAGAGCUUAACUGCAUUGGCUUUGCGCCUGGGAGAAAGAAAGGGUCUGUCUGGAUUUCUAAAUCCUCCAGCCUAGGUUAGUUAACAAACGAUUGCCUCUCUCGAAGUCCAGCACUAGGUGUAGAAAUUCGAGUGACCUACAGGGUCUUUUAAGGGAAGGGAAGUCAAGGAGAGGGAGGAGAGGAUUUUUAAAAGUAGGAUUUCCUUCCAUCUAAGGGGGGUGGGAGGAAUCCUGUUUUUACGAAUAUUGGAUGUUUGACACUGACUGAAGGUAAUACCUGGUCUUUGACUUCCAUUUGGAGGAGAAAUGAACCAACUUGGUUCCUUUUGUGUCUAGAAAAGAAGGAGACGCUCCUUGGUCUCUAUGGCUAUUUGAAAACCGCUUAUUUUCUCUCACCCCUGUACUUAGUAGUUGUGCUUCUGAAGAGCUCCCUGAAUUCCCCUUCAGUCCUUCUCUCCCUUGGUCAUGAGCUCUCACUCCGAAGGACAGAGAAUUGGGAAGGGAGGUAGGGAAGGAGGAAGGCCGGAAGAGACAAUCUAGACCAAGGUACAGUCCCGAAACUUUCCCGAAGGCUAGAGGCCGUUUAAAGCUUAGAAUCCAGGGCAAUCCCAGUCGCAAAAAGGUCUCCUCUCAGCACGGGGUUCCUUCCUCAUUUUCCUUGAAACAGGAAAUCGAGGAGACAACCUGCCCCCUUGAUUACAAAUGCUAAUUUAACUGUAAGGCGACUCCUUUAUUUUUCCCUGGGAACGUAGCUUAGCUUAGGGAGCGAACCUUCCGUAUGAAUGUAGGGUACAUAUCUCCUUUAUGGCUCGAUAUUGAUUUAUUAUUAAUGUUAAUGACUUUGCCCUAUCUAAAUAUGAUCUAAAACAAUACUUACAUUAAAUACUCAUAAGCAAAAUAACUGCUUGCUCCCCAAUACAGCCACAUUUUCAUUCUUCUCCUUGGGCAGAUCAGCCUCCGCUUUCUAAUAGUAGUUUCACCCUUUCCUUCUCCCAAUUCACUCGCUCUUACUAUUUCUAAUUUGCUUGAUUUUUUAUUUUAAAAUGGAGAAAACUAAAAAAGCCCCAAUCUGCUCUUAGAGCUUGUAGACUAUUUCAAGCUAAAAUUUGAGGGGAGAGUAGAGGAAAAAUAAUUGGAUCUAGGCAAGAACAGGUCAGGCAUUAAUUUUGAGGAGGGGGUGAAGAGAAAUUGAAAAUGAAAGCUAACUCCGAGGCCACUGGGUCUUUCAUAGUCACCUGAGUAAAUAUCUGAGACACCCCAAAUGCAAGAAUAAGACCUCAAGUACUUGUUUUAGGGAAACUCCUCCAAAACCGUCAGUCAGACCUGUAAGCUAAAAACUUGCAUCGGAUAUUUCUGAUUACCCUCUUUUCUUCAAGUGUAAAUAAAGAUUAUGAAAGACCAUCUGAUGGGCAUAAAAUUCCUGAUUAGAUUUAGCAGUCGGAGCUUAGCCUGAACCCAGGAAAAUAGUAUUUGGCUUCUUUGCACUCUGUGGGUUGCCCGGCAUUAGUGUAAAAAAGGGGGGGGGGUGGGGGGAUUUCUAGAAAGCAAAAUAAGUCCUCAGUGCUCAACAACGUGAAGUCCACGACACUUUGUGACUUCGGCAAAGACUAGCAUUGGCUCUGAUAAUGAUCUCAAACUGGGAGAAAAUGCCCUUUUCGAGCCUACUACCCAGUUGCCGCUAAAAUAGUAACGGAAAAGACUAUUCCACACAGCGUUGGUAGGAAAAAUGUAAAGAAAAUUAUUAAAAUGAAAAGGUCCUUAUUUAUUUAUUCAUAGCUUAAAACAGCUACUCCUCCAUAAAGGUAAUGUUUAAACUCUCUGGCCAACACAGUGCUUUAGACUGUAGCUGUUAAAGGCGUCGGGGCUUUUAACCUGACAAUGAUGUUGUAUUUGAACAGCUGCGAUAAGGUUUUAAAAGGUCUGUCUCAUGGCCACAGUGGAGAUUUUAAAUAGGGUUAUUGUUUCUGACAAUGCCAGGCUUUGGGGGAAAGGGAAACAAAUGCAUCCCAGAAAAUAAUGUAAAAUUCUAACUUCCACUAGGGACAGAGGAGAUUUAUUUGGGGAGGGGGGCGAGUUGGUUUGUUGGAAAGAGAGAUUUGAAUUGCCUUUUCUCGUGGAGGUCUGCGAGGUACCAUCUAGCUUGCAGCCCCCAAUAAUACAGAAGCAUUGAAUGUGCUUUGAAGCCGUUCAGGCCCCAAAGAAAUGUUCAGCUCAACCGGAAACAAGAUUUAUCCACAAGUUCAGUGUAUCCGCCUGAAAUCCAAGUCCAGGGACCCUUCUCAGAAUGAGGUUUAGAAAAAGAAAACCCUUUCGAAAGAAAGAACUGGUUCACGGUCAGUGUUUCUUUCCGUGCUUUAUCCCCCACCCCCUUUACUCUUAGCAAAAAAGGGGACUGUAGCUUCGGAAGGAGAGGACAAGUUAAUACUUUCUUCUAAGACAAGUCUUUGGAAAUCCAAGUUUAAAUGCUCCCUGCUGCUGCCUUCCUAUAGCUGGAAACAGUGGCCCAGAUCAGGGCUGCCUGCUCCCAAAGCCAGGGAAGGAAGUUGCCAGAACAGUUUCUCAUAAAACUCCGAGUUUCUGUGGUGUGUGUGUUUUUGUUUCUGUUUUUUAAUGAGCACGACCACGGCACAAGAGCUAGUCCUCUUUGUGGGACUUAGCUUAAUUAGAGGAAAACAGAGGAUUUGGAUCUUUCCUAUCCUAUCCUUUCCUUUCCUUUCCUAUCCUUCCUUUUCUCUCUCUUUUUUUCUGGCAAAGCAAAAGCUCUCAUCAAGUAAUUUUAGAAAUCUCCGAGAACUAUAAAAUUCAACUUCUGACAAAAGUAUAGCUUUUAAUAUUUGACGAUUUGUGUUAAAACAAAAAUUGACCCCCUUGGUUAGUAGCGAGGGGAAAAAUCAAUAGUAUAAUUUUCAAUAAUUCAUAACGCGAACGCCAUUAUGCUAAAUCUUAACUAUUAAUCUUAUCCUUUACAAAGUCUCGAUUGAUUUGUUAAUAAAAUAUCUUCCCGUGUGUGGCAACAGAGGGUAUAACUCUUUAAAAACCUUCAGAAGCAAGAAAAUUACCAAGUAGCCCAAGAAUGUAGAUGAGAAUUUUAUUGAUCGCCCUGAUUCUUCUUAAUAUGUAUUAAUAAAUUCCACAACCUUUUGUACCUUGCACUUGUCAGAAACCAAUGCUUUUACAAAAUCCAUAAAAGGAAAACAUAUUUUUCUUUGCAUAAUAACUGAAUGACACCUUAGCAUUUCCCUUCCCCCUCCAGCCCAGCCAGUUACGGAAAACUUUCAAAGUCUGGAUUGUCAGGGGGUUUUGCUGUUGUUUUUUCCAUUUCCUUUCUUUUUCUUCUUUUAUUUCUCGUCGCAACCCCCCUCCCCCUUUUUAAAAAGUGUGUGGAGAUGAAGAUCCCAGCUCUGUUCUUAUGCAGAGAGCUCAAGGGGCGGUUUCUCUGACCAUUGCUGGAAAAUAAUUGUCUCCUGUAUGAAACCAUACAGGGUCCCUGAGUGCAUGCGGUCAGGAGAAACCCCCCAUUUCCGCUGGGGAGAAAUGUGUAUGCUGAGCCCCACAGUGAGCAGAGUUUUGAGCCUGGGAUGGAGAGGGCUGGGGUAAUGGGACAUUACUUCAGCACCACUUUCCCCUAGACUUCAUGUCCAGCGGAUCCUUGGCCUAUUUGCACCUUUCCUCUCCCCUCUGUUUCCCCCUUUCCACGUUUACUACUAGGAUUAUCAUCAUCAUCAUCAUCGUCAUCAUCGUCAUCAUCACAUCCCUAUUUAGCCCAGGGAUAAGAUACUCAGAAUCCCAAGGAAUUUGGACUCACCUCUCCGCAGUCCUAAAUAAAUCAAUAAUUGGCCCCCCUCUCUGUCUGUCAACUCUCUCUCUCUCUGCAUGUAUGUAUACAUGCAUACGUGUAUACACAUAUAUGCAAUAUGUAUUACAUAUAUUGUGUGUAUAUAUAUAUAUAUAUAUAUAUAUAUAUAUAUAUCCCUCCAUUAUUUCCCUUCUCCUUCCUUCCUGCUCUCCUUUCCUCUUCCUCUCCUUUCCUCUCUCCCCCAUGUUCGGCCGCCAGGCUGCCUGGCUGCUGAAAGCCCCUUGUUUGCCGUGGGCGCAGUGCGCCAGGGCUGUCUGCCGGAGCCCAGCUCCCGAGGAGCGCCCCACUCUCCCCGCACUAUCCCCUGCGCGUUGUAGAUGUCGCUGUUGUCCGUAGUUGCUCUGCGGACCGGCCGGGCCCGGGGAGCACGUGACCCGCGAGGAGGCAGCGGCUCAAGGCCAUUUUCAAAUCUCAUUGGCUUGGUUGUCAUGUGGUCGGGCAGAGGCAUCCACAAUUACACAGGGAAUGUUUUCCUAGAGAUGUCAGCCUACAAAGGACACAAUCUCUCUUCUUCAAAUUCCUCCCCAAAAUGUCCUUUCCCAACAGCUCUCCUGCUGCUAAUACUUUUUUAGUAGAUUCCUUGAUCAGUGCCUGCAGGAGUGACAGUUUUUAUUCUAGCAGCGCCAGCAUGUACAUGCCACCACCCAGCACAGACAUGGGGACUUAUGGAAUGCAAACCUGUGGACUGCUCCCGUCUCUGGCUAAAAGAGAAGUUAAUCACCAAAAUAUGGGUAUGAAUGUGCAUCCUUAUAUACCUCAAGUAGAGAGUUGGACAGAUCCGAGCAGAUCUUGUCGAAUAGAGCAACCUGUUACACAGCAAGUCCCUACUUGCUCCUUCACUACCAAUAUUAAGGAAGAAACCAAUUGCUGCAUGUAUUCUGAUAAGAGAACCAAACUCAUUUCUUCCGACGUCCCUUCUUACCAGAGGUUGGUCUCUGAAACAUGCCCCAUUGAAAAUCCCGAGGUUCCUGUCCCAGGAUAUUUUAGACUGAGCCAGACCUACGCCACUGGGAAAACCCAAGAGUACAAUAACAGCCCCGAAACGAGUUCAACUGUAAUGUUACAGUUAAACCCUCGCGGCUCUGCCAAACCGCAGCUAUCUUCUGCCCACCUUCAGAUGGAAAAGAAAAUGAGUGAAAACCCCAGCAACCAAGACUCAGCUAAAGUCCCUCAAGUGGAAAGCCCCGAGCCCAAGUCCACUUUGCCAGAAGAGAGGAGCUGCCUAGCUGAAGUGUCCGUGUCCAGCCCAGAAGUCCAAGAGAAGGAAAGUAAAGAGGAAAUCAAGUCCGAUACUCCAACCAGCAAUUGGUUAACUGCAAAGAGUGGCAGAAAGAAGAGGUGUCCUUAUACUAAACAUCAAACACUGGAAUUAGAAAAAGAGUUCUUAUUCAAUAUGUACCUCACUCGCGAGCGCCGCCUAGAGAUCAGUAAGAGCGUUAACCUCACUGACAGGCAGGUCAAGAUCUGGUUUCAAAACCGCAGAAUGAAGCUUAAGAAGAUGAGCAGGGAGAACCGAAUCCGAGAACUGACCGCUAAUCUGACCUUCUCUUAGACCCUAACGCGGGGACAGAAACAGUGAGGAUAUUCGGCACAACAUUCCCCGGGUGCAAAAUGCAGGAAGAGACUUGGAAAACACAAACAAAACCUUUAUUUUUUCUUUUCCUUUUUUUUGUUUUUGUUUUAUCCUGAUAGAAUGUGACUUUGGGGUCAUUAUUUUAGUGCUGCAAGUGAAUCUGUAUUCCUAUGGAUAUAUAUAUAUAUAUAUAUAUGAAAACUAGCACGUGUAAUUUAUUAUUUUUUCAUCGUAAUGCAGGGUAACUAUUAUUUAGAGUUAUCAUUUGGUCUUAACUUAUUGGAACUAUGGAGUAUCCAAACAAUGUGACUUUUUCAUGUUUUUACUCACAAAUGUGGUUUGUGCGUGUGGCUUUUACAUUAGCCAUGGCAUUAUUGAAUAUAUCCAAUACUUUAACAAUAUUAAGAUCACCCACAACCUUCUGGGGGGGGGAAAAGCACAUGACAAUGUAACUAUCCUCGCAAAUGAACAUAGAGAUUGUCUUUCGUAAAAUGGAUUCUUGUCUACUUAUCCAUUGUAGAUAUGUUCGUGUGGUGCAUAUGUGGUAUCUUAGAAAUACAAACAGCAAUCUGUCUUUUCUGUGCAUGUUCUGUUAGCAUGUAUAAUGCAAUAAACUCUGUAAAUGAUA